AUCCAACUUCAGCUGCGCAACAAACGGCUUUCCUUCCGGUGCACAAAGAUGACUAUUGUGCAAGGCUCCAAAGCACCGGGAAUCGCCCCACUGACCGACAUUAACCAGGUCCCCAGAGCCACGGUUGCCAUUGGCUUGUUGAGCACCUUGGUGCUGGCAUACGUCGUGCACAUCAUUUUGCAAUGGUAUCGUCUAUCGCAUAUCCCGGGGCCCUUCUGGGCCGCCUUCUCUAAGGGUUGGAUGGUGAAGGAAUCGCUUAAAGGAAGACAGCCAACCGCGAUCAAGGAAGUGACCGACAAGUAUGGCUCGCUCGCUCGCAUCGGGCCAAAUGAGCUUGUCACCGACGAUCCAGAAGUCUUACGGAGGAUGAUGGCAGUUCGUUCUGCGUACACGAGAGGCCCAUGGUACAACGCAAUGCGAUUCGAUCCUGGAAGGGAUAAUUUGUUCUCCAUGCGUGACGAAGUGGCUCAUACAAAGUUGCGUAACAAGAUGGCCGCCGGGUACUCUGGGAAAGAGAAUAAAUCGAUGGAGGGCACAAUCGAUACGCAGAUCUUGAAAAUUGUCGAACUAAUUGAGAUUAAGUACCUCUCAAGAGCUGGCAGCUAUCACCCAAUGGACUUCGCUCAAAAGGCGCAGUAUUUUACCUUAGAUGUCAUUAGCGAUUUGGCAUUUGGCCAUGCUUUUGGCUAUCUGGAGCAAGACGACGAUGUUUUUGAUUAUAUCAAGAUUACGAAUUCGUACAUUCCAAUCAUGUUGAUCCUGGCCAACGUUCCGUCCCUGGCAAAUCUACUGCAUUCCCGCCUUUUUCGAGGUUUACUACCCUCAGAAAGCGACAAGCUUGGUUUCGGUGCUUUCAUUGGCGUUGCGAAGAGUGUUGUAGCAGAGCGUUUUGGACCUUCUGCCAAGUCCCAUUCUGAUAUGCUCGGCUCCUUCAUUCGCCAUGGACUAAGUCAGGAAGAAGCGUCCGGGGAAGCAUUGCUCCAGGUUGUUGCUGGUAGUGAUACGUCGGCUUCCACCAUCCGAGCCGUGAUGCUGAAUAUUCUCACCAACCCAGCGGUCUACAGGAGACUACAGACAGAAAUCGAUAGCGGAAUCGCGACAGGAAAUAUAUCACUGCCGAUUAAGGAUGCAGAAAGUCGCCAAUUACCCUACCUUCAGGCAGUGAUCAAGGAAGGGCUUCGCAUCAUGCCACCGGCAGCCGGGACAUUUUUCAAGACUGUGCCCCCCGGAGGAGACGUGAUCAACGGGAAAUUCAUUCCCGCAGGGACACAGAUCGGGUCGUCACCAUUUGGUAUUCAUCACUCGAAGAAGAUAUUUGGCGCCGAUGCGGAGCUCUUCAGGCCAGAACGUUGGCUGGAGGCGGAUCCAGUGCUUCUUGCUGAGAUGACAAGUACACUUGAUCUUGUCUUUCAUUACGGGAAAUACCAGUGUCUUGGCAAAUCGGUGGCAUUGAUGGAGUUCAACAAGAUUUUUGUCGAACUUUUAAGGAAGUUUGACUUUUCCAUCACAUGUCCUGAAAGACCAGCGCGGAUUGACAAUGCGGGUAUUUGGAUUAUAGAAGACUUCUGGGUCCGAGUAACACAACGACAACUAUAAGCUUGCGUUGUUGGAUGAAGGUAGAGAGUAAUAGUUAAAAACAUGUCUCCUGUCAAACUUGGAGAGUGAGAUUCCAUAACCCAGUACACCAAUUGUGCAAGACGGAACACCUCCGAUAAAAGAGAUCAUAGCCUCAAGUUCCUGUAGUGUUUGAUUCAGGAUCGGUCGAGAUACAUACGGCUAGCGUCUCUAACAGUGUUGGGAAUAAUGGACCAGGGUAUUUUUUUUGGUAAACUGAGAGAUGGUGCUAGGAGUAGUGGAUAGUAUGGAUGGAAAUGGUCCGGAUUGGUCACUCCAACAGUAGCUCAAGCAGGCGUAUUUC